AUGGACACGGUGGUCUUUGCGGAUGUGGCUGUGUGCUUCACUCGGGAAGAGUGGGCUUUGCUGGAUGGUGCUCAGAGGAAGCUCUACAGAGAAGUGAUGCUGGAGACCUUCAGGAACCUGGCCUCAGUGGUUCUUACAGAUUGUUUAACUCAAGUUAAAACCCACGCAUCAUGUCCUGGGCAGGAUACUUUGGAGAAUGAACUAUUCAGUGAAGAGAAAAUACUAAGAUUCAUAAGAAGCGAUUCCUGGUCUGUUUUUGGAGAAAACUUUACAGUUUAUAACAUUGCAGAUGAACACCAACCUCAAAAGCAGCAUCUCAGAAAUCAUUUUGUGGAGAGAGUCUGUGAAACUAAGGAAGGUAAUCAAGGUGAAGACACCCUGAAGCAGAUCACAGGUCUUCCUGUGGAUGAGAGACAUAACACUGGAGUGAAACACUGUGAAUGCACUAAGUGUGGAAAAGUCUUCAUGGAUUGUUCUUUCCUUAUAAAUCAUCAGAGAUCUCCAACUGGACACGAGCCUCAUCCAUGUGAGGAAUGUGGACAACCCUGCAGGUUGGUUUCAUGCCUGAGUACUCAGGAGAGAACUGAUCUUGUGGAGAAGUCCUAUAAAUGUCAGGAUUCUGGGAAAGCAUCUAAGAAAUAUGUAAAGAGUCUCAAUAAUAAAAACUCUAUUGAGUGUAAGAAAUGUGGAAAAGCUUUCACCUGCCAUUCAUCCUUUCGGGGACAUGUAAGAGGUCCAUGUGGACAGAAAAUCCAUGUAUGCAAAGUAUGUGGAAAAGCGUUUAUGUAUUACCUUUACCUUACAGGACAUGUGAGAACUCACACUGGAGAGAGAUCCUAUGAGUGUGAGGCAUGUGGGAAAGCUUUCGGUAGUCUUAAGUACUUUAGAAGACAUAUGAGAACACACAGUGGAGCGAAACCCUAUGUAUGUAAGGAGUGUGGGAAAGUCUACAGGUAUUUCACAAAUCUGCAAGAACAUGCAAGAACACACAGUGGGGAGAGACCCUAUGUAUGUCAGCACUGUGGGAAAACCUUUAGUCGUCACUCCUCCCUUCGAGGGCAUGUAAGAACACACAGUGGAGUGAAACCCUAUGAAUGUCAGCAAUGUGGUAAAGCUUUCAGGUUUCCUGCAAACCUGCAAGUACACGUGAGGACACACACUGGGGAGAGACCCUGUGAAUGUCAGCACUGUGGGAAAGCAUUUAGGUAUGCUGCAUCCCUGCGAGUACACGUGAGGACACACACUGGGGAGAGACCCUAUGAAUGUCAGCAGUGUGGCAAAGCCUUCACUAGUCACUCUUACCUUCAAAAACAUGUGAGAACACACAGUGGGGAGAAAUCCUAUGAAUGUAAAGAGUGUGGGAAAACUUUCAGGCAGCUUCAACAUUUUCAAGGUCAUAUGAGAAUACACAAUGGAGUAAAACCCUAUGAAUGUAAAGAAUGUGGGAAAUCCUAUAGUUUUCUCUCAUCCCUCCGAAUACACGUGAGAAUGCACAGUGGGGAGAAACCCUUUGAGUGUCAGCAAUGUAGGAAAGCCUUUAGUCGUCUCUCCUCCCUUCAAGGACAUAUGAGAUCACACACUGGGGUGAAACCCUAUGAAUGUAAGGAGUGUGGGAAAACCUUCAGGUAUCCUGACAACCUGCGAGUACAUGCAAGGACACAUACUGGGGAAAAACCUGAUGAAUGUCAGCAAUGUGGGAAAGCCUUCAGGUAUCCCACAUCCCUGCGAAAACAUGUGAAAACGCACAGUGAAAAAAAUAUCUGA